UGAUCGAUAUCUGAAGACAUCGAGCAGAAGGCAAUAAGGAGAUUCCUGCUCUGUGAAAUAAUUGUGGAGAUAAUAAUCCCUUCGUGAUGGCUCCUGGAGUUAAUAAAAAACAAUCUAAUCAAAAAGUUGCUGCGAGAAAGGCGCCAACAAAGCCUGUCGAAGGAGAUACAUCAGAUUUUGAUGAAUGGAGGAAAGCCAAGCAGUUGUUGAAACCAAAAGAUCAAUUGGAAUUACCGGAGGCAGAACUCAAAGAGAUAUUGGCUAGAGUGUUGGUCACGACCAAUCCUCAAAAACCCGACGGUUUGGUCGAAUUCAGUUACAAAGAAGGAAAAUUCAUUGAUGUUCCCCUACCGACCAAUCUGGUUGUAGCAUACAGAUUGGAAGGUUCACAAAUCCAUAUCGACACUGAUGAAGCUACCAACCAACUUAUUGAAAUGGGCUACGAUCCUGAAGAGUAUCGAGCGCAAGCAAGGGAAGGUAUUGAGGAAGAAGAGAUUGAAGAGGCCAUUCCUGAAGAAAUUCAUGAAGAAGUUAAAGAGGAAGAAGCACCAGUUGAAGAAAAACCUGAAGGUGACGAGGAGGAGGAAGAAGCCGCACCUCCCCCGAAAGAAGUGGAGGAGGAAGAGCAUGGAGAAGGGGAUGAGGAUGAUGUUGAAAUGGCAGAAAAGCCAGCCGCAGAAGCUCCCAAAGGAAGAAAGAAGAAAUUGACUAAUCAGUUUAACUUCUGUGAAAGGGCAUCACUCACGUACAAUCUUCCUGUCAGAAGUCAAGAAAUACAGACUAUCCCACCUCCUAGAGCUAAUUUUUCUGGCCUUGUUCUCCAAUGGGUGAUAUACGAUGCUUAUCAGAAAGACUACGAGGCUCAAGAGCUGGAAAAAGAAUUAGAAAAGGAGAGAAGGGAUAAGGAGAAGGCUGUCGUAGCCACCAAGCCAAAACCGGUUAAAAAGAAGCCCGGAAAAGCCCAGAUAAGCGAGGCAGUGAAGAUGCGUAUCGCUGAAGCUUGGAAGGUGUUAGAGAGGAUGAUCAACCAGAAUACAUUUUACGAUAUAGCUAAAGAUUAUAGGUAUUGGGAAGAUCCAGCAGAUGAGUUUCGCGAAGAAGAAGGUACAUUGUUGCCGUUAUGGAAAUUUACCUACGACAAAGUUAGAAAGAACACGGUGACAGAAAUAGAAUGGAAUCCCUAUUACUACGAUCUGUUUGCUGUAACUUUUGGUUACCUUGACUUCGUCAAGCCAGUUAAGGAAGGAGCGAUAUGCGUGUAUACCUUGAAGAAUCCAUCUUUUCCCGACUACAUUUGCAUAACCCAUUGUGCUGCGAUGUGCGUCAGUUCCCAUCCCAAGUUUCCAUAUAUGUUGGCUGUGGGUUUGAUAGAUGGCAGUGUGUUUGUCUACAACAUACAGCAAACUUGUAAAGAACCAGUUUACACCAGCAAUAUCGUGACUAAUAAACAUAGAGGCAUUGUGUGGGAGGUUAAAUGGGCGCCAGAUCUUCCAGAUGGUGAGUUGAAUUUCUUCUCGAUCGCUUCUGAUGGGAGGAUCAAUAAUUGGGUCUUAAUGCAGAGUGACCUGGCUCAUACGACAGUGUUCACGCUGUAUUUGCCAAUGGAUCCAGUUACUGGACCUGACGGUACACUGAUGAGGAUGAGAGGAUCCGCCUGUUGUGUCGCAUUCCACCCAAAGGAUCCGUUGAUAUACCUGGUGGGCACUGAAACUGGAUCGAUAUAUGAAUGUAGCACUGCCUACAGUUCCGUCUACCUGUUCGUGUACGAAGCACAUCACAUGCCCAUUUACAGAAUCGACUUCAACAGAUAUAACGAUACCAUAUUCGCUUCUUGCAGUGCAGACUGGAGAAUCAAGAUCUGGGAACACCGAAGAGAAGAGCCUCUGUUCGUUUUCGAUGUCGGUGCUGCAGUGAUGGAUGUGAAGUGGGCGCCAUAUUCUUCGACAGUUUUCGCAUCGGUGACUACUAUUGGGAAAGUAUUCGUUUUCGACAUAAAUGUGAACAAGUACAAGCCGAUAUGCGAACAAGCCGUUGUCUCCAAGAGAAGAAAUAAGCUUUCUAGGCUAGCGUUCAAUUAUAAGUUGCCGAUAAUAAUAGUGGGUGACGACAAGGGAUGUGUUACAACACUGAAAUUGUCACCCAAUCUAAGAAUAAUGUGUAAGCCGCCAAAAAAACAACAAUACCUCGACCAAUUCACUCUGCAAUGUAUGAAGUUAGAGAAAUUGCUGGCACUUGUGAGAGAACCUGUUACCCUAACCCCUCCACCAGAUACCGCUGGAACAGAAGAUUGAAAAUGAUUUAUAUCACAUCUUGUUUUGAAUAUGUAUAUAAAUAUAUUUUUUUCGUCGAC